AACGUGCACAUUUUUAGGCAUUACUAGUUAACUAGUAAGCCAAAACAUGUUCCACUAGUGAACUAGUUGCACUUUUGGCAUUACUAGUGGGCUUAAAACAGCCUGAUAUCAAGGAUAUCUAUUUUAUACUGGAUUGGCUUGCCAUAGGGGUCUGCGGUCUAAGCAUCCUGCUGCCUCAGGGGUCUGCAGCCUUCAACACUUUAAGAGCCAUUCGGGUCAAUUUCUCACUGACAACAUCCUAAAACUGAGCCGCAAAGUCUUAUUCAAUUUUCAAGACAAUAAGACACUGAUUUUUUUAUUAUUAUUAUUAUAAAUGUUACUAUUAUAAUAACUACAAACCUUUCUUGGUAAAAUCAAAUGAAGAUUUGAUUAUCAAAGCUUACAAUAGUUUAUAAUUUUUUUCAGAUAUUUCAUAUGACUUCCUUUCAAAAUGGGACAUCCUGUGUCACAAAGGCUCAUCUCAAUGCAGCAAAUCAUUAGAUUUUCAAUUUUCAGACAAACAUUUGCAAAUCUAAAACAAAAUCAAGGCUAGUUCAGUGACAUUUCUUUUUACAAAUACUUAAAAUCCUUGAAUUUGUUUCAAAAUAGAAAAUUUGGCACUCAAAAAUUUGUCACAAAGCGAUACGUAUAAUGCCCUUCAACUGUUUGUUGUUUGUAAACGAGUUGAAUCAAGUUUUAUUUUAUUUAUUUAUUUAUCUUACUUUAAUAGUUACUUAAUUUUUACAGUUAUACUUUUUAAAUGUUUUUUUUUAUUAUUUAACCAGAGAGCCACAAUGGAGGGGUCAAAGAGCCACAUGGGGCUCCAGAGCCGCAGGUUGCAGACCCUCGGGCUACCUUCAUCUGUGUGGUAAAAGCUUGAAGCAUAAGCAUUUUUUUUCCCUGGAAAAUUGUUAAGGCCCUGAAUAAUUCAGACUAUUAGGAGUACAUAAAUGGUGGAAAUGCUUUGCAAACAAAAUGCAUUAAAAAAAAGAAAAAAGGGGAACAUGAUAUUAUCAAGUUUCUCUUUAUUUUGUGAAAUCUUUUUCAGAGCAUGAGCUCUAAACAAUUCUAUAACUGCAGAGAUUUAUAACACGGGAGAAUAAUAUAAUACAUUAUCAUAGUUUUUUUGUCAAAGGUAGCACCACUAAAAUAAAAUAGAGAUGACUUUAAAUCCUUGCUGAUUGCUAACCUUUUGUAUUCGUUCUUCAAAUGUAAAGUAAGUUGAUAUAACUGGAGGAUGGUUCUGACCCUUUCCUGUUUGGAGAAUGUAGUGUUUGCCUGCUGCAAUGACACCAUGGCAACCGCUGGACGCAUGUCAGUCACCCAUGACCCCACGCAGAGCUGACUGCAUGUGUUUCAGCGCCUGGUGUUUCAGAGCUGCUUCAAUAUGAGUGGAAGAAUGAGGCCGAACGCAGAUCCAGCGUCGGAGGGGCAGCGAGGACAGAGGAUGAUUUUCACAGGUCCAGACGGGAUUGGAGACUACAGGCCAAAGCUGAUUGAUUAUCCUCACCACAUUGGUGUGGGCACUGCAUCCCGUGAGGCUACAGGUGACCUGGGUUAUCUGUGGCGGGCUGCGCCGCAUGCUCCUCCCACCGUGGCCCGGCACAGCUACGUGGGAGAGGUGGGCUGGGGGUGGCAGUACAACCAGCAGCUGAACCAAAGCACGCUGCUCAGCAACAUGCAGAUCAAGAAAACAGAGCUGCGUGCAUCCAUUGAGGUAUCCGCCUCCCAGAAGUUUUAACCAGGAAGACAGAAUUAGCUUCACUUCCUUUGGACUCCAAAAGCACGAGGGCUAUGCUGAUGGAUACACGAGAAGCUCUGCGCGGUGCUGAAUGACUGCAGCGUAACCGAUCUGGUUGCACAUCCAUAAUGCAGCACCUGUUUGUGGCAGGAACACACAGUGCCUGCAGCUGUGGUCACGAAAUCGGCCUGACACACACGGCCGACACAAACAGGCUCCUGACCUGAACAAACACCCCACAGGUCUGUGCUGGACCUUUUCUAAAACCAUCCCCAAUAAUCAAAUGCUCUGAGAUCUGCUCUGCCAUCUGUCUGUAUUCAGCUUUAUCUCCAACUGUUUGUCUUCCUACUCAUCACUGAGCAUUUGCAUGAGAUAAUAAUGAAGGUUAUUAGCAGCCUCUGUGCUGUUAAAGUGAGAUCCCAGAAAAUAAAACUAAACUGGUGACAUUUUCUGGUAACAGAAAAGUUUCAAAUGUUAAAUUAUAUUUAAAUGGCACAUAAAUACAAUAUGUUAAAGAAGUCAUGUUUUUAGGAGUAGUAAUGGCUGAUAAGUUAUCUUGGAAAUCUCAUAUAAAUUACAUAAAACAUAAAGUUUCUAGAUCAGCUGGUAUUCUGUUUAAAAUCAUGUAUGUACUAAACAAGAAGAGUUUGUAUUUUUUUUACUGUUCAUUAGUUGUUCCGUAUCUUUCAUAUUGUGCAGAGAUUUGGAGAAAUGCAGGAAAAUCUAUCAUUGAAUCUUUGGUUUAAUUACAAAAAAGCUGUUAGGCUAGUUACCAGAGCAGGAUAUUGUCAACCAACUGAUUCUUUAUUUUGCUUGACUAAAAGCUUAAGAUUAAAGAAAAUUGUUUAUGUUAAAGUAUUGGAAAUUCUUUAUAGAGUAAAAA